UCUAAAGGACAGGACAGGACUAAAGGCUCCCUUAAACCAAGCUCAGAGCCAUUUGCUAGAAACUUCCAUCCUCUUCUCCGUAAAACCCCCAAAACCCUAAACUACUUGCUAAAAAUUUCAUUUCUUCCUAGCUUCCUACUUAACACUCAAAAACCCACUAAGAAACCCUAACAAAAAGGAAAAGAAACGAUGUCUAAGGUUGAGCUCUCUCGUUCAGAAAAGAAAAAGCACGCGGCCAAAGAAUGCGACCAAGAUUUCAUCAUCAAACCACAGAGCACCACCCCAUCCAUCGACACUUCCCAGUGGCCUAUCCUUCUCAAAAACUACAACCUUCUCAACGUGCGAACCGGACAUUACACUCCUCUUCCUUCCGGUUUCUCUCCCCUCAAGCGACCCCUUGCUGAGUACGUCAGGUACGGUAUUUUGAACCUUGAUAAACCCUCUAACCCUUCUUCUCAUGAAGUUGUUGCUUGGAUUAAGCGAAUUUUACGCGUCGAAAAGACUGGGCAUAGUGGAACUUUGGACCCCAAAGUCACUGGGAAUCUUAUUGUUUGUAUUGAUAGAGCCACACGGCUUGUUAAGUCCCAACAGGGUGCAGGGAAAGAGUAUGUCUGCGUUGCCCGUCUUCAUUCCAAAGUGCCCGACGUUGCUAAGGUUACUAGGGCUCUUGAAACCUUGACUGGAGCUGUUUUUCAGAAGCCACCGUUGAUUUCGGCCGUUAAAAGACAGCUUAGGAUUAGGACUAUUUACGAAAGUAAGCUUCUUGAGUAUGAUGCUGAUAGACAUUUGGUUGUUUUUUGGAUUUCUUGCGAGGCGGGUACUUAUGUUAGGACUAUGUGUGUUCAUUUGGGAUUGAUUCUUGGGGUUGGUGGGCAUAUGCAGGAACUUAGGAGGGUCAGGUCUGGGAUUUUAGGGGAGAAAGAUAAUAUGGUGACAAUGCACGAUGUUUUGGAUGCUCAAUGGGUUUAUGAUAAUUAUAGAGAUGAGAGUUUUUUGAGGAGGGUCAUUAUGCCUCUUGAAGUUCUUUUGACUAGUUAUAAGAGGUUGGUUGUGAAGGAUUCUGCUGUUAAUGCUAUAUGCUAUGGGGCGAAGUUGAUGAUUCCGGGAUUGCUAAGGUUCGAGAAUGAUAUUGAGGUUGGGGAGGAAGUUGUGUUGAUGACUACUAAAGGAGAGGCGAUUGCAUUGGGAAUUGCAGAAAUGACGACUGCAGUGAUAGCUACUUGUGAUCAUGGUGUGGUGGCAAAGAUUAAGAGGGUGGUUAUGGAUAGGGAUACUUAUCCAAGGAAGUGGGGUUUGGGGCCAACUGCAUCCAUGAAGAAGAAAUUGAUUGCCGGAGGCAAGUUGGAUAAGCAUGGAAAGCCUAAUGAAAGUACUCCUAAAGAGUGGUUGCGAAAUGUUGUGUUGCCAAGUGGUGGGGAUUCUAUGGUUGCAAGCGUUGCAGCUUCUGCUGAACCGGCUGUGAAGGGUAGUGAGACAGCUGUUGCAGAGAAGGAGACUACAAUGGUGGAAAAGGAGAAGGACAAAAAAAAAAAGGGCAAGGAUGAGGAAGAUGGGGAGGGGCACAAGCGCAAAUUGGAUGAAAGCAGUGAUAGCCCUAUUCCAGUUGUUGCUAAGAAAGUUAAAGUUGAAGAAGCUGAAGUUGAAGUUGAGAAGAAAGAGAAAAAGAAAAAGAAGGAUAAAGAGGAUCAUGCUGCAGAAACUGAAGAGAAGACUGAGAAGAAGAAGAAAAAGAAGAACAAAGAUAAGGUUGAAGCUACUUCACCAGAUAUAGAGAAGAAAAAGAAGAAAAAGAACAAAGAGAGCGGGGAGGCUACUGCUGAUGUUAACGGUGCAAAUGAUGCAGGAGCUGAUAAAAGUGAAAAGAAGAAAAAGAAGAAAAAAAGCAAAGAUACGGUAGAGGAGUAGAUGAGCAGGUUUCAGAACUUUCCUUUUAAUAGGAAAUCAAUUUUUCCUUGUAUGCUGGCCGCCUACAGUAAUUUUUUAGUAGUGUUUGCAGUUUCUCUAUAUAGUUUUUGCAGAAACAAUUUUUAUGAUUUACUUUUGCGUAAUGGAAUGUUUUCAUUAUCUACAAUAUUUUUCUUUCGUUCGCCAU